AUGGCUGCAAUGCAGUAUGACCCUCUGCCCGAGGCAGUUCAUGUGACUAUCUUCAUGGAAAGUCUUCGUACUCGCAUUGCCAGAACCGAAGUUUUUCGAGUUCACCCCUCUACGUUCGAAGAGGCCGUGGAAAUUGCUCUUAAUGCUGAGCAUAACUUCAAGUCGGUCAGCCUUGGAUGGAAUGGGUACAACCCUUUCGCUGCGAGAGCAAACUCCACGAGUGGUCCAGCCUUUAAUACGCCGGAACCGAUGGAUCGCAGCUAUGCUGAAGAUGAAGGUGAAGUUGAACUUCAAGCUGCUGAGCAGCAACGCGUCGUACGACGAUGCUUUACGUACGGAAGCACUAAACACUUGCGGCUUGGUUGCACUUUGCGUAAACAGCGUCAGGCUACAAGCCAACACUCAACCCCGAGCCAGAAGUAUGGCAUGGCACGGGAAAAUGCCGACGCCCAGUAG